AGUAGUGCAAUUUUUUUUUAGGAAUUAUCUAAAAUAUGGGAAACACUGGGAAACAUGAGAAGUCAUCAGAUAUGGUUGUUGCGAUGUUGAUGAUAUUGUUGCUGUUGGGGAUCUGUAUAGCGCAAACUUCAGCAUCUCACUAUACGGACUUUCAGAAGUGUUGGAAUGAGUGUAUGAGCGUUUGUAGUGCGAUGUAUCCAGGUGUUGUAGCUGGAGCAAUAUGUCCUGUGAAAUGUGCGAAACGUUGUCUCGACGAUAUCCAUGCUCCAGAUGAUCAUACUGGAGUUCGAUUGAGUUAUUACUGCAAACUCGGCUGUGCAUCUCAAAACUGCGUCAAUAUUAGCACUCCGCAAGAACCUCGUGGAGAGGAAGUCGAACAAUGCGUUAACUCUUGCUCUGAUGAGUGCGCCAAGCAAUUUUAAAUUAGAGAGCUGUUUUAUGUAACUUUGGAAACCAUGAUGUGAUUGGAUUUAAAAAGCUAGCUAGCAAAAUAAAUGAUAGGAUCACUCCUUGCAAAAUGAUUCAGAUGUUGCGAAUUGAAUGAUC